UGGUGCUCGCUACUCGUAGACGAUAGUUGGAAACAUCGAGAUUUUUACAUUCUAUAAUUUCUCUAUGGAAUAAGCUGUGGAAUUUUUGUGCGUUACUGUGUUAUUUGAAGAUUUCGUUUGAGGAUUUGCAAAGUGAAGAGACAUGGAGAAAGGUGCACCUCCUUCAUAUCCAGGUUAUCCACCGGCCGGACAGCCUGGACCACCUCCACCUGGGAUGAAUCCUUAUUAUACUCAAGGUGCACCGACAACACAACAACCUCAAGUGAUCUUGCAAUCUAGUGAGCCAACUGUUGUGGUGGUAGGCGGUUGUCCAUCUUGUAGGAUUGGACUUCUUGAAGACGAAUACGGGUGCUGUGCGAUUUGUCUUGCCAUAUGUUGCUUCCCUAUAGGAAUUGUUUGCUGCCUUCUGAUGAAAGAGAGAAAGUGUUCAAAUUGCGGUGCAGUUUAUCACUAAGUUAUUCCAGGAAAUGGACGGCUAUUCAUUGGAAUACAAGGACAUUAUGCUGAAAUGACAUAUACGUACAUUUUAUAAUUUUGUAUUUUAUAUCUAUAUCAU